AAAAAAAAAAAAAAAGUAGAAUUUUGUAAGAAAGAUUUAAAAUCAUGCCUUCCAUAGAAGAUGAACUAUUUCCCUCAACGCCCGGUAAAUUCAAGAUAGACCGGUCAAACCGACAACUAAACCGAUGUUUCGCAUCAACAAGCACCAUGUUCCUAUGGGCUCUCUUCCUCAUCGCCCUCACCGCUUCCUACCUAAGCUUCCAAAGCUUCGUCGACUCCGGCAGCCGCUACCUCACCGCCUCAUGGGGCGGCAUCCAAUGGGAGAAACAAGUCCGAACCUCUGCGCAGAUCCACCGCUCGGGAGGUAUCUCCGUCCUCGUCACCGGCGCCACCGGUUUCGUAGGCAGCCACGUGUCACUUGCGUUGCGAAAACGCGGCGACGGCGUGGUGGGCCUAGACAACUUUAACAACUACUACGACCCUUCCUUAAAACGCGCGAGGAUGUCUUUACUAUCCUCGCGCGGAAUCUUUGUCGUUGAGGGAGACCUCAACGACGGGAAACUCUUGUCGAAGCUAUUCGACGUGGUCGCCUUCACUCACGUGAUGCACCUCGCGGCGCAGGCCGGUGUUAGAUACGCUUUGGAGAAUCCUCAGUCGUAUGUUCACAGCAACAUCGCGGGGUUAGUCAACCUUUUGGAGACGUGCAAGGCUGCGAAUCCGCAGCCCGCGAUCGUCUGGGCUUCGUCUAGCUCUGUGUACGGUCUCAACGAGAAGGUUCCUUUCUCGGAAUCCGACAGAACAGAUCAACCCGCGAGUCUUUACGCGGCAACGAAGAAAGCUGGUGAGGAAAUUACACAUACUUAUAAUCAUAUUUACGGUCUUGCCAUUACCGGUUUGAGAUUCUUCACGGUUUACGGUCCUUGGGGUAGACCGGACAUGGCUUACUUCUCCUUCACAAGGAAUAUUCUCCAAGGUAAACCGAUUACUAUUUACCGCGGUAAAAACCGGGUCGAUUUGGCUAGGGAUUUUACUUUUAUCGACGAUAUAGUCAAAGGAUGUUUAGGAUCUUUAGAUUCUUCGGGUAAAAGUACCGGGUCGGGUGGGAAAAAACGUGGAGCCGCACCGUACCGGAUAUUUAACUUGGGGAACACGUCACCGGUUACGGUUCCGAUUCUUGUGGAUAUAUUGGAGAAGCAUCUCAAGGUGAAGGCGAAGAGGAACUUCGUGGAGAUGCCUGGAAACGGCGACGUUCCGUUCACGCAUGCUAAUAUUAGCUCCGCCCGGAGAGAAUUCGGGUAUAAACCGACAACCGAUUUGGAAACCGGGUUGAAGAAGUUCGUUAGGUGGUAUCUUUCUUAUUACGGGUAUAAUACUAAGGGCAAGCUUGUACAAUAACGGUGAAUUUUUAAAUGGAUUAAUUUAUUUGUACACUCGGUUAUUGUAAUAUUAUUCUCUUUUUUUCAUUUAUUUUGGGGAAAAUAUAUUUAUUACUAGGAAUAUAAUAGAAGAAAAUCUUAAUAUUCUUUGCUCUUAAGACAAGUAAAGAAAAAAAGGACAGCGAAUAAAUCUUUUUUUCUUAUUUAUAUUUGGUCUUAACCAAUAAUCUCCUGACAAAAAAUGUUGGUUAGAGGAUCUACGGUAAUGUAUAAAAAUCAUUGAUAAUCUGGUGGAAAAUAAAUAAAAUAAAAUAGGAAUAUCGGACAGCUGGGAGGCUGUGACAGCAGAAAAAGUGGGGCUUUAGUGGUGUGAUGGGUCCACGAGACUUGUUUAUAAAGGUGAAAGAAGACCUAGGCUGUACGGUAACCGUUGGAUUCGAUGAGGAAUUUAAUUUUUUUAGUCGUGAUCUUACUGAUGAGGACAGCUGUGAAGUACUCAUGUCACCUUAUCUUCUUUGCCGACACUUAACGGUACAAUAAACCUAUUCACCAUUGUGUGUUUAAAGGUAGCAAAGAAGAGUCUUGUAUGUGGGGGUAGGAAGUAGAAGUUGUAAGAUUUUGCGAUUAGUGUUGUAGUCUUUGAUAUUUGUUCUAAACUAGGUGUUUUGCCCGCACUUGC